AGAUUCCACUGCUCCAAAGAAAGAGAAAACAAACAAUGGCUUCUUCAUCCCUGUGCGCCUCUCCAAUUUCAAUUUCUUCUCGAAAUUACAGUAAUUUAAGGAAGAACAAAAAUGGCGCGAACGAGGCAAAGCUCCCGUCCUCCUCUCUAUUCUGCAGCUCUUCAUCCCUAAGUUUGUCCUCGAAGCAAACAACCACCCUACAAUUCUUCAACAACAACCGCGCGCCGCCGAUUUCCUCCACGCCGCGCACACUCACCGUCAUUUCCAUGGCUCCCCCAAAACCCGGUGGAAAACCUAAAAAAGUUGUUGGGGUGGUGAAGUUGGCUCUGGAGGCCGGGAAGGCAACACCGGCGCCGCCGGUGGGGCCGGCCUUGGGUGCUAAGGGUGUGAAUAUAGCUGCAUUUUGUAAGGACUACAAUGCUCGGACUGCCGAUAAGCCCGGUUACGUCAUUCCCGUCGAAAUUACUGUUUACGAUGAUAGAAGCUUUACCUUUAUAUUGAAGACUCCACCUGCUUCGGUUUUGUUGCUCAAAGCCGCCGGAGUGGAGAAAGGUUCUAAAGACCCUCAGUUGACCAAAGUUGGGAAGAUCACGGUUGACCAGCUGCGAGUAAUUGCACAGGAAAAAUUGCCGGAUCUGAAUUGUUCGAGUUUGGAGUCUGCAAUGAGAAUUAUAGCAGGCACUGCAGCAAAUAUGGGAAUCGACAUUGACCCUCCAAUACUCGAACGAAAAGUUAAAGUACUUAUCUAGGUCUCUAAAUUUUUCCGCUCCUUUUUUUUGUCUAUUUAAUUUAUUGCAUUUUGCCUUAAAAAAAUUGAAUGCAAGUAGUAUCUGGAGUUGCUCCAUUUCAUGAAGAAGUUUAUCCUGGCUCGGAAUUUUUAUUGCUGUAGAAAACCAAACAUAAAUCAUUGAAGAUUAUUGGAGUGUAAUCUAUAAAUUUAAUCAAGUGCAGUUGGCAAGCCCA